AUUUGUAACCGAAUUUUUCAAUAUAUGGUAUGAUUUUGGUAAUUGAACUUCGGCCGGUAGUAUCUACUUUCUUCGAGAAUAGAGAGUUUUAGAUCCGAGUUUACCUCGAACCUCUAACCUCUGGAGGUCACGUGACAAGCCCUUCACGUCACGUUUGAGGUUUACGACGUGAGUUUUCAACGUGGAGAGGUAGGUUUUCACGUAUGUCAUUUACCUGAAAGCUUUUAGCGUAUAAUUCUUGUUUUAUCCCACGUAACGAUACGAAAAUCUUGUGGAGCAAGUCUUAAUUCAUUAACAGAGGCACAAAUUCGGGCGAAAUGCUAACUUUGGUAAAUGCUAUUGAAUCUUGAAAACAAGUGCCAUUCAUUGCUGCUAAUUCAAAAUGGCGGCCGUAAAUUUGCAAGAAGAACUAUGUAAGAAUUUACAGCUCUUUACUGCUAAAUAACCCAGUGUUACCGUAAAUUUCUUUUGUUUUCACUGAUUGAUAUUUCUUCUAUUUCUACAUGGAAAAAUAAAUUUAGAAUGGCUCCAUUUCGUUGGCCAGAGGCUCGACACGAGCUGGCACUUGCCAAGGAAGUAGCUCAACACAACCCCGAGAAACCUGAUGAGUGGGAAGCAGUAGCUAGGAGACUCGGCAAAGCAUUUUCUACGGAUUCAUGUACCGUUGAGCUUAAGGGAAGAGACUGCCGUGAAAAAAUGGAUCGGAUUUUAACCAAAUACAAAGAAGAAGACAUGAAAGCUUUAAAGAGGUAAGUUUGCUGUUGGUUGGCUUGUUUAUACUCACAACUGAGCAAAACGUUCAACCCUUCGUUUUCAUUAGUCACAAUUACAAAUGUACGAAAAGUCCAUAUGUUUGUUUCUCGUAUUGCUUUCCUUUUCAAUAAUGUGGCUCUUCUAAUGGUCAAAUGUACAAUCUGUCACGAAAAUAAAUUUUCAUCCAAAACAUGAUUUAUGGCCUUCAGAUUUGCUUAAGCUUAUAAUUUGAUACUGUGUAAUGGAGUAUAAAACCAAACUGAAAUUUUGACUCUGGCCUAUACUAUUCACGCUAUUAUUUAACUUGAUUCAGGGCAAAUCCAAUCCUUUAUUAUCAUAAAUUUUACAAUUUACAAUUUUUACAAUUUUCCUGAUUAGUUCCUGCCUCCUCAUUUAGGUUUUAUACAACACUGGCUUAGCAUUUAUGUCAAGAUUUUUAAUUCUCUCCUUUAUUUUGGAUUUGUGAUACCUGGUUUGUAAUGGGUUUACGGGGGUCUUGGAUACAAGCACAGACGCAAGUGCGGGCAUAUCAAACAGCGAUGUCAGAACAAGCUGAUGAGUGCCAGAAUUCAGUUAAGGUCCCACCACCAGCCACUUUCCAUUAGAUCACAAUGAAUAAAUACUUAGCAACAAAACUUUAUCAGACUUUGUAGCUGGAUACUUUUUGGGAACAGCCAAUGAUCUACUUCAAAACAUUCUGACUGCACUAAUCAAACAUACUACAACAUGACUGUAGUGUUUUUAUUAUUUUUUAUGAUUUUGAAGAUCAGGCACAGAGGAAGAAUUCACUGAGUUACAGCAGUUAUGUGAGGAUAUCUUAGUGUAUAGAAGAGAUAUGAUGGAGAUGCGACAGAUAGAAAAGGAAUCAAGAAAGAAAAGGGAGCAGGAAGAUAAAAGGAAAGGGGAGGAGAUGCGGCAGGCAGCGGUAGAAAGACUAGCAAGUUAAUAUCCAAUUCAAUAUUAUUUUGUGCAAACAAGCGUAGGUUAUAGUGAUGAUAUCCAUAAGGACUGUUUUUCUUUUGCUGUUUUACAGUCUUUACACAAUUUUCUGACUGUUCCUGUUUUACUUGGUGGUUCAUGAUGUGUUGUGAUUGAGCACCAUAUAAUUUAAGUGCCAAAUUUGUCACUUGACAGUUUGUAGUUUUAACCCAGUUUGAAUAGAACCCAUGAAAUGCAGAAUAACAAAAUUGCUUUCAUUUUAGAGCGCCGUAGUGAUGCUAGCACAUCAGGUGGUGCCACGUUGGAUGUGUCUAGUAGUGGGUCAGAUGAAGAAAUUCCUUCAAAAGGUAACCUUUGUGAAAUCUAGCAAACUAUUAUUCCAACUUCUCUGACUGAUUGGUUGCCAUAAAUACAGUAUAUGAAAUUGAUUUUCUCUUUUUACUGGGGGCCAUGAAAGGAAAGUAAUGUGUGGUGUAAUAAACAAAAUGUUUGUUUGAUGAAAUCCAUAUAUAUAAUAUAUAUAUAUUUUUAUUUAAGCAUAUUUGAGAGUCUGCCUCAAGAGCUUGACUGCUCAUCUAUGGGACUCAAUAGAUCCAUAAUUUUAAUGUGGUUGCUCAGUUUUCUGCCACACUGUGAUUACAUAUUUCCAUCUCCUUCCCCACUCCUGGGGGGAGAGGGGGGCUCGAUGCUUUGGUUGUUCUUUUAUAUAAAUAAAUACAACACUUUUUCUUUUCUUUCUUUUGUAAUUUAUUUCUGCAGGAACUAAAAAGAAAGUUGCCAGGUCAAGCAGAAAGUCAGCAAUUGAAAUGCUGUCAGAAAAGUACAAAGAGAAGGCAAAACUGAAAGACAAAGAGCUGGAAGUGAGAAAGAUGGAGCUGGAUCUUCAGAAACAAAAGUACGAAGAUGAAGCUGAAGAAAGGAAGCUUUUGUUCUCCAUGCUUCGAGAACAAUUGAAAAAAUAAAUCAUUUUGUCUUUAGUUGCUCUUGAAGCAUAAGCUCUUACUUCUGCUUCAUAUUCAUACUUCUGUUUUACUUUAUUGACACCCUUUAAACAUAAUUUGUCUUCACUGGAG